CUUCUCCCCGCAGGAUACUCUUUUCCUUGACAUCAUCGCCAUCAUGCCCGCCGCAUUGCUGAUCGGUGCCAUCACCCAUUCCAUCCCCGAAUGGAAUGAUCUCUCCUCUAUUCUGACCUUGAAGGAAUUCCCCUCCGGGACUCGCGAGGACUUUCUCCGAAACUGUCGCGACGGCCAGUACGACGAUGUUGUUGCCAUCUAUCGCUCCAAUACUUCUACGAAGUUCACCGGCCCUUUCGACGCAGAACUAGUUUCCGUCCUGCCCUCCUCACUCAAGUACAUUGCCCACAAUGGCGCUGGCUACGAUAACAUCGAUGUCGCGGCCUGCACAAAGAAAGGAAUCGCCGUCUCCAGCACCCCAGUCGCAGUUAACAACGCCACCGCCGACGUGGCUGUCUUCCUAAUGAUUGGCGCGUUGCGACAGGCAUAUAUUCCUGUCUCGUCUCUCCGCGAAGGAAAGUUUCUCGGUCAGACAGGCCUCGGACACGAUCCCCAGAACAAGGUGCUUGGAAUUCUCGGUAUGGGAGGAAUCGGCCGUGAGGUGGCUCGUCGUGCGCGUGCCUUCGGAAUGACCAUCCAGUACCAUAACCGGUCGCGUCUGUCCCCGGAACUCGAGGACGGAGCGACCUACGUCUCGUUUGAUGAGCUGCUCGCCAAUGCUGAUGUGUUGAGUUUGAACCUGGCGCUCAAUGCAUCCACUCGUCACAUUAUCGGCAAGUCGGAAUUUCAGAAGAUGAAGGAUGGAGUCAUCAUUGUUAACACGGCGCGUGGAGCGCUGAUUGAUGAGAAGGCCUUGGUUGAGGCGCUGGAGUCGGGCAAGGUAUGGUCGGCUGGAUUGGAUGUCUACGAGAAUGAGCCCGCCAUUGAGCCGGGGUUGGUGAACAACCCCCGGGUCAUGCUGUUGCCGCAUAUUGGUACCAUGACUUAUGAGACACAACGGGAGAUGGAGUUGCUCGUGUUGAAUAACCUGCGCUCCGGCGUGGAAACGGGGAAGAUGAUUACGUUGCGCAUACCAACUCAUACCCUCACCCAAAACGCCAAGAACAAGAAACAGAAGGUCACACCCCAGCCUGGGCUGAUACCUGAACUUUGCGACGCUCUGCCCUGGUUCCGCUCCGUGCAAGGCGGAGUCUAUCAUAACGGGAACAUAUGCUGGGGUUUCCUGAUCGAUGCGGACUGCGGGAUACGAUCGUAUUUGGAUGAUGAGGUGGUCAUUACUCGUGUCGGAGGCGGCUGCACCAAGGAUGCAAACGGGAACUUAGUGCUCAUCAAGGAUCAAGAUGGCGACAGUGCGGCGAUGAGCAGUAUACUGAAUAGUAUGAAGCUAAACGUCCCAGUGGGGAUUGUUAUUGGGAACCGCAAUACCCUCCUACCCAGAUCUCUCCCGCACAGAUACAACGUCAUGGCGUAUUUCCGGAUCACGCACGUGUGGUACGAACGCAUCGGUAGAAGAACGGGUGCAAAGGUCCGGUUCGAGAAGUUGGAUCUGGGUAGUAAGAGCUGGUGGGCUGCGAAGCAUUCCCGGCCUCCCCUGGAGAGGAAGAAGAGGGAUUAUGCGAUGCAGGCAGAGCAAGCCCGUUGCGAAGCGUGCGAUCAACACAGCAUACGCAUAUACGAUGAAGGUUGGAUGUGUCUGCAGCCAUCUUGUAAACUCUUCUGGAUGAUCAGUGGCUCGUCUUCAGCACCAGCGGAUCUCAUCUUCCACGAGAAAUUCCUCAAAUCCCGUCUCCCUCCGGACCCAACUAUCCAGCCACAUUACAGCCUCGUACCGGACUUACUUUCCACAUUGAAAGAUGCUGAUAGCGAUGCGUUGUCGAAGAGAAUCACCUGGAAAGGGAUCAUAUGUCCCCUCUGCAGGCGGUGCAUUUCCCGGCGGUAUUGGUGGGGAUGGCGAUGCGCGGAUGAUGAUUCCGUCAGGGACAGGGACGGGGAGUGGAAGUGUCCUUUUGAGCACAUUCUACCCAUACGACCUAUCGCUCUGCGAUGGGUGAUCGAUGACAUAGAAACAAGCCCUAUUAAGCGUGCGCUUAGCUGGGAUGCAAAGUUCAUGGUUCCAGAGGUUGACGAUGUAUCUCUUUAUCCGUAUAGAAAGCUCACGUAUACUAUUCCCGGAGUGGGGAGUAUCAUGCAUUUAGUUGCGAAUCGCGGAAUAAAUACCCGGUGUAAUGGGCCGGAUGAGUUGUUUGGACAGUUGCAGUGUGAGGAGCUAGGGUUGAGGAGGCAUCCGUUGGCGCAGAGUGGCAUGCCAUACAAAUACGUCGUCUCCGUCUCCUCAAAAUCCUUCAAGGAAGCCUGUCCCCCAAUCCUGCGAGCCAUGGGCCGCUUAACCUGGGCCAGCAAGCAAGCCCAUCUCGCCGCUGGGGAUACCUUCCUUCCGCCAAACGAAAUGCUCCUGUUGGGGUAUCUGGAGGAUAUGAGAAUCGGGUACCACGACGACGGCGAAUCCUCCCUCGGCCCAACGAUCUCCACCCUCUCUUUAGGCGCAAAAUCCACCAUGCUCGUGCGCAUGAAAUACAAAUACUACCAUGGCUACAGCAGAGCGAAGAAACUGCUCGAAGAGGAUCCGGUCUUGCCUGGAUGCAAGAAUUAUCUCCCGCGGAGGGAGCUCAAGGCGGGGUUGCUGAGUGGGAGUAUUGAUCGCGAGGGGUAUGAUGAGUUGAGGCGUGAGGAACUGUUGAGUAUGAAGAAAGGUGGUACUGGUGGAGGAGGGGAGGCGAUGCCGUGUAUUAAGAUGGAGGUGAAUCAUGGUGAUUUGGUGGUUAUGACUGGGGAGGGGUUGCAGAAGUUCUUUGAGCAUUCGGUUAUUCCGGAUAAGAGGUUGAGAUUCGCGUUGACGGCGAGGUAUAUUAAGCCGGAGUUUGUGGGGGUCGAGGAGAUGGAGAAGGGGAGGUUGGAGUUGGGGAGAGAGUGGGCUUAUGAUGGGAAGUAG